CGACUUGCGUGUGGUUCUGGGAACUGUGUUUACCUUCUCCCUCGACGUGCAGCCGGAGCACCUAAGUCUCCUAUCAGUCACAGAAAAUUUUCCAUAAUGUCGUCUCGCUUUGGUCUCCUCGCCGUCGAUGUUGAGCCUGGCGAGCGUGCCAAUAAGAAGAAGCAAGAUAAGGCCAAGCCCAAGACGGACGAGAAGAACAAGAAGGCGGUCAACAAGAACAACAGCAAAAAGAAGAAAAAUGGGGUUGAUGAGAGUGUGUUGCAGUUACAGGCAAUGGCCUUUGGAACUGGAAAAACAAAAGCCAAAAAGAAGUCAAGCAAAAGUGGAGAUACAGCUAAGAGAGAAGGAAACAAAGGAGAUCCGGUGAAAAAAGAAGCAAGUAAAGUAAAUGGAGAAGAUGGGUUGAGAGUAGACGAGGAAUGGCAACGCAGGGAUGAUGAGUUUGUCCGUGAUGAGAAUGAGCGAAGUCUACGGGAAGCGUUGAUGCUCUCCAAACUUGACUUUGAGGAGAAAGAGAAAACCUCUGCACAAAUGAAGAAAGAACGAGAUGAGGGAAAGGGGGGGAAAGUGAAGAAGAAGAAAGAUAAGCCAGUUACCAUGUCCUUAGAACAGUUCAACAAUCUUACGGUAGAACAGUUAGCAAGAAAAAAUGAACCAGAAGUGCAAGAACCGCCUCGGAAUGAAAACGAACACAAAUUCUUCGAUGACCUUGAGGAAACCACUCGGAAGACCAUGGAGAGAGAAACAAGAAAGGAGAAUUACAAGGCAACAGCAGGACAAUUUAACCAUGCAAUGCGUGUGUCUGAGUAUGAAGCUGAAAUUGAGAAGAGAGACUUCGAGAUCCAAGCCUUGAGGCUGGAGGUUGAGUCUUUGAAAAAUGACCUUCAGAUGGUGAAGAGCAGAAACAAAAAACUGUGUGAGGUUAUUUGUUCAGCUGAAAUGAAGGCCAAGGCUGAACUAGUGGUAGAGCUAGACAAGAUGACAAAAGUACGAGAGGAACUUACCCAGGAAGUUGGAAGCCUUUCAGCCCAGCUGGAGCAGGAGAGAUCCAAAGUCAACCAGCUUACGUUGGAUGUCAAAAAACAGGGUAAAAAGAAACAGUCAUCAGAUCCAGCAGGCAAGUCUUAACAAGGGAUCACGAACCACCUUUACACCGUCUCAAUUUUGAAUAAAGAACGUGAAAAUUUGUAAUGCACUACUUCCAAUAAAUGAUAAAAGAAAA